AUGAUAGGUUAUUUCACUGAACUUUGGAUUCCUAAUAAUAUGGUGAACACUCCUGAUAAUAUGAUAAAAUUAAAGAAACUAGAGAAUGAUGUCCUGACUUUUUCAGCUGUGGCAGCAAUAGCCUCAGUCUAGGCACUAAUUUUCAUUAUAGUAAUAGUAAAGUACUCAGGAGAUAUCAAAGCAGUAUUUGUAAACGAUUAAGGUCAUAUUCCUUAUGAGGAGAAUGAAGAAUUUAUGAAAGGUGAGAAAAGAUAUGAUUACAAUAGGAAAUCAAAUAAAUCAUAAAAGGAAUAAAAGAAAAAUGAUAAAGUAAAGGAGAGUAUCGAUUUGAAUGAGGUGUCUCAGAAUAAAGAUGAUUAGAGUACUGAUGAUGAAGAUGAUGGAAAAUAGAAAAAGCAAAAGAAAAAUAAAAAGAAGAAGAAGAGAAAGACCAAGAGAUAUUGA